GUUCUACUUUAUGCAUCGAGAAGAAAGGAAGUCACCCAUGUGAAACAAAAUCUGUAACAGGAAUUCAUGGAUUAAUUCACAAAGUGGUCCGAACUUAAGCAGAAAACAACGUGGUUGUAUUGUCCUCUCCCACCCUGCAAACAUAGAGGAGAUCGCCCUCACUUAACUCCCAAUUUGGAGGCAAACAUUGUUUUUCACGAAACUGGUGUGCCAUCUCCGCCACCACUCACCCUUCUUUUUCCCUUAUAUUCACUCACUUUCUCUUCUCCCUAGCUUCUAUUCUUUUUCUCUUUACCUCAUUGCAUUGCUCUCUCUCUCUCUCUCUCUCUCUCUCCAUGGCACCAGUUCCACAAGAGGGAGAAACUGUGGUCCAGAACAAUGUCGGUGAUGCCACACACAGAUCCAAAGUCACUGUUAUUGGUAGUGGCAAUUGGGGCAGUGUUGCAUCUAAGCUUAUUGCCUCCAACACACUCAGGCUUAGCUCCUUUCAUGAUGAAGUGAGAAUGUGGGUAUAUGAGGAGACAUUGCCAAGUGGAGAGAAGCUCACAGAUGUAAUCAAUAAAACCAAUGAAAAUGUCAAAUAUCUCCCUGGAAUCAAGCUUGGUAAAAAUGUUGUUGCAGAUCCUGAUCUUGGAAAUGCAGUGAAGGAUUCCAAUAUGUUAGUCUUCGUGACUCCACAUCAAUUUAUGGAAGGAAUAUGCAAAAAGCUUGCUGGGAAUAUAAGAGCAGAUGCUGAGGCUAUUUCCCUUGUCAAAGGGAUGGAGGUCAAAAUGGAAGGUCCCUGCAUGAUAUCUAGUCUCAUUUCGCAGGAACUCGGAAUCAAUUGUUCGGUUUUAAUGGGGGCCAACAUAGCAAAUGAGAUAGCCUUAGAGAUGUUUAGUGAAGCAACAGUGGGAUACAGGCAGAACAGAGAAGUUGCUGAGAGAUGGGUUCAGUUGUUUUAUACUCCCUAUUUCAUUGUGACAGCUGUUCAGGAUGUUGAAGGAGUUGAGCUGUGUGGAACUCUAAAAAAUGUUGUGGCCAUAGCUGCAGGUUUUGUUGAUGGCCUGGAUAUGGGAAACAAUACAAAAGCUGCAAUCAUGAGACUUGGUCUGAGAGAGAUGAAGGCAUUCUCAAAGUUGUUGUUUCCAUCUGUUAAGGAUAGCACCUUUUUUGAGAGCUGUGGUGUGGCUGACCUUAUUACAACUUGCUUGGGAGGAAGAAACAGGAAAGUUGCUGAGGCUUAUGCUCGGAAUGGGGGGAAGAGGUCUUUUGAUGUGCUUGAAGCAGAGAUGCUGCAAGGCCAGAAAUUGCAGGGUGUCUCGACUGCGAGCGAGGUUUAUGAGGUUCUAAGCCAUCGCGGGUGGCUAGAGUUGUUUCCUCUCUUCUCAACAGUACAUGAGAUAAGCAGUGGCCUUCUUCCACCUUCAGCCAUAGUGGAAUACAGUGAGAAGCUACCAAGGUCCUUCUAAUUCAAGGUACUGGGAGAUAGCAUUUGUAGUUUAAGACAUAAAUUACAGUGACAGUUCCAGGAAUAUACAAAUACCAUGCUUUAGCUGUGCAUCAACCAUGAAAGCCUUGGUGAGUCUGCGUGAAAAUCUUAUGCCCACAAGGAGCUUAUAUAAAUGGCUGAGGUUCUCUGAAGGCCAAGGAAGUGACUUUUAUGUGAAGUUCUUAUCAAAUUGUAUUAUUACACUGCAAACAAUACAUGCAACAGACUUACAUAGUUAUAAUAAAAAGCCAUUUGAAUUUCAA